AUGACGAAAACUCAAUACUGGUGUCAUGGAGACGGAAUUCUGAACAAUCAACACACAUGUCGAUUCUUCACAAUAGUCAUAGAUGCGGGAUCAACGGGCACCCGGUUACACCUUUACAAGUUCAUUCAUGACCCGGCGACAGCGGCCCACGGAAUGCCUUUCAAAGUGGAAAAGGAGAUUUUUCAAGAGGUGAAACCAGGUCUUUCAUCAUUCGCGAAAUCUCCAAUCGGAGCCGCUGACUCAUUGGAGCCUCUUCUUCAGAGAGCACGGAAAGAAGUUCCUCAUUUCAUGUGGGAAAAGACUCCGAUCACAUUAAAAGCAACCGCUGGUCUCCGUCUUCUUCCUGGUGAUAUGGCGGAUGAUAUUCUGGAAAAAGUGGAAGAACGAAUCUUCAACAGUGGAUUCUUCGCUGCUUUCCCGGAUGCCGUUAAUGUUAUGCCGGGAAGCGAUGAGGGUGUGUACAGCUGGUUUACACUCAAUAUUCUGCUCGAGACUCUAUUCACCGAAUCUAAAAGUUUCAGAAUAUCAGAAUCAUCUUAUCUUACUUUAGUUUUUUGUUUAUCUUUCUGUAGCUUUUUUCUAACUGUGUCUGAUAACCUUACUGUAACUUUUAACAAAUCUUACUGUAUUUUCCUAAACGUUCUUCAAUAA